AUGGAGGCUGAAGACGAUGCGGAAUCCGUUUUCUAUCCCGCCUUUUGCUUCAAGGCAUCGCCAACCCACUUCGCCUGGGUGAAGAUGGCCGCCUCGGAUGUGCAUCGACUGAAGAGACCAGAAGGCUUUGGAGGUCAGACAAUCUUCUUCUACCAGAAUCACCCUAUUCGCUUCGUCUGCAUCGCGGGCGUCAUCGUGGCUCGGAACGAGAUUACUCGUCGCACGAUCUUAACGCUAGACGAUAGUAGCGGCACAACGUUGGAAGUUGUCAUUUUACACGCCGAUCCAAAUGUAUCGGCGAAAAAUGAAUCAGUCCAGGCAUCGGAAAGCGGAGUUCAUGCCGAUGAACCAGCCCUCGAUACCUCGGAAAGGCCACCGGGUUUGCAGUCCAACCAGACUGUCCAUGUCUCAGCUACAGAUCGGACCCCUUUGGACAUCUCAAGCCUGGUCCCCGGUACUAUGGUGAAGUUGAAAGGCACAUUGUCGAUAUACCGACAAACGAUGCAACUGCAGUUAGAACGUUUCGUUCUAGUCUCCGACACGAAUGCCGAAAUGCAGUUCGUAGAUGAGCGGGUGCGGUUUCUCGUCGAUGUGCUUUCUGUACCGUGGAUGUUACUCGAGGAAGAGAUUGAGCAAUUGAGAUUGGAAGCCGAGCAGGGAGAUAUCAAGGCCAUUGAAGAAAGGAAACGUGUUGCAAGGAGGAACAAGAGGCGGAUGGAGCGGGAGGCGAGAGAUCAACGACAUAUUCAGAAGCGUUAUGAGAAGGAGGAGAAAAUAAGGGCGAAGGAGGCGUUUGUUUGUAAAGAGGAUGGAGAGAGAGUCAUGCAGGAUAUUCGACAGAAGAGAGAGUACUCAGAGAUCUAA